AUGGAUGAAGCGCUAGAACCGUCGAUGGAGGCUGCCGUCUCGAAACUGAUGUCGGGCGAUUUCGGUGAUCUUGAAGCUAAUGUUAAAAGCGAUGAUAUAAAUACAGCAACGGAAACGUCAAAAGCAGAACAUCUUGACAGCCGAGAGUCAAUUGUAUCGAUCCAAGCAACAUCUAAUGGGACGAAAGCGGAAACUGAGACUUCGAAAGUAGGAAGUUCAGGUUUUGAGGUGGAAAUGGAGAGUACUGAACAACCAAAUGAGGAUUCCAAUGAAAACUUGACAGAAAAAUUUCGACCCAAUGACUUUGUUUGGGCUAAACAGACCAAGCGAGGAGUCUUCUGGCCUGCAAGGGUGGCGCAUGUCUCAGAAAAGACUUCAAAGAGGCCGAGUGAACAUCACGUGUGGCUCUACAUGUACGACAGCGAUUCCUUUUUAUGGGUUCAAGAAGAGUUUAUUCACGACUUUGACUUCGAAAAGGACGAAAAGAUCGAAGUGAGCAGCAAAUCAAAAGCCUUCAAAUCCGCCUUAGAGAAGUUAGAAGAAGAGCGAUUAGCCGAACUAAGCGGCACUUCUCCAAUUCACGCUAAAGUUAAGAAAUCUCUUCCAUCUGUUGUAACGACUACGAGGAAAAAAGCCCAGAAACCAGGUGAAGCGGGUACGCUGGUUGUCAUGGGAAAAGCGACCAGAGGGAAAGGAGCUCGAGGUCCCACGGUGUCGGUGGAGGUUCCGGAUGAUGUGGACUCUUUGAGCGUAGGAUCGGAUGGAACAAGUGAAAUUGGCUUGACGAGUUCACAGACGGAGCUUAAAGAAGAGGAUUUCACGCUGACGCCUGACCGAGUGUUAGACAUGUUGGACAAACAGUUAGACAUGGUCUCAUCCUCUAAAUAUACUUCCACCUCCUCACAAUCUCAGUCAACCCAUCCACCCGUUUCAUCCAAGAAGGGGGCACAUAAUACGGGCACAGGUGCAGGGGCGUCAAGAAAGAGAGUCACAGGCAACAAAACCGACGAGCCUCGCAGUAAGAGAUCAGUUCCCAUUACAUGCUCUGAAUUUUCGUACGACGGACUUCAACAGAUGGAAUCCAGCUCUACAGCAGCCAGCAAUUCAGUUCAAAAAACAGACAGCCAAAAUAGUACCAAAUUUAGUCUUGACGAAUCACCUCAAAGUUCUCCUUCCAAACCCUCAUCAUCAAGGUCACCGGUAGUGGUGCCAUCCUCAGCUCAUUUGCUAAACAAAAAGGGCUCCCCGCAUACGGAAGUAGCCCAAAUCAAGCCAAUUAGGAGAACACAGCCGUUUGACAAGAAUGUGGGUUUCAUUGGCGUUGGAACUAUUGGGCAUUCGCUUGCAGAGUUGCUUCUCAAACAGAAUUUUAACGUCUACGUUUGGAACAAAACUCCACAGAAGUGCUCUGAUCUGCGAAGUCUUGGAGCUAAAAUCUGCAUCUCAGCUGGAGAUGUUAUGUCGAGGAGUGACAUCACAUUCUGUUGCGUCACCGACACCGGAUCCGUCCGAGAGGUCCUGGUUGGAACUAAUGGGGCCCUCAGUGAAAUGAAACGAGGCAAAAGUUUUGUCAACUUGACAACAUGCGACCCAAAAGCAUCAACGGAGUUCUACCAGUUAGUCCAGAUGAGAAGUGGAAGGUACCUGGAAGCUCCUAUGAUUGGAUCUCGGAAGGAAUCGGGGGAUGGUACCUUUCUGAUGUUGGCUGCUGGAGAUUAUUCUCUCUAUGAAGACGUUCUGCCCUGUUUGGAGAUUUUCAGUAAAAAGAGGAGUUAUGUAGGAUCUGCAGGUAAAGCGUGUGAGAUGCAAGUACUGAUGAAUCUGUUGUAUGGCAAUCAACUGGCAGUACUGGCCGAGACUAUGGCUCUGUGCAGGAAGUCUGGAGUGGACAAGCAGCAGCUGCUCUCGGUGCUCCAGAGCUCAGACUUGGCGUCUCCAUUCUUGGUGGAAAAGGCUGAAAUGAUUGUGGGAGGGAAUGAGAGCUAUGAGCCUGCUGAGAAGCGACUGAGUCAGCAGCAGAAUGACCUCCGAAUAGCACUUGGUCUGAGUGACCAGCUCAUGCAGGCCAUGCCCAUCACUGCCUCCUGUAACGAGCUCUACAAGCGUGCUCUAUCUUGGGGAGAUGAAGAAUUAGACAUGGCUGUAGUUUACAAAGCAGCCUGUCUCUAACUGCAGCACAUGAAAUUGAGAUUGAUCGCAAAUAUAAACUCCGAUUACUUUUUCAUGAAAUAAUUUUAACGCCGAAACCAAUUUAGUUUCAAUUGGAACCUAUACGAAUCGACACGAAACAUCGCCUUUCAGGACAUGCUUUUUCGAUCAAAACUCAAAAUGUAUGUAACUCUUCAACUUUCGGAGAUUAAACAUUAUCGUUCGUGUGAAAUAGAAUAUAUAUUUGAGAUGUUUCUUUUGCAAUGAUGCUUUAUAUAUUCUCUAAACGGCUGACCAAGUGUAAAUAUUGAAACAAUUUAAAAUGCAUAUGAUGUGGCUAUUUCUUAUUUAAUUUAGCUCUUUUGAAAACGUA